CCAGGCUGCCAUUCAGGUUGGGAGGUCUGUGCAGCGUGCCGCCAUGGGUUGCAGCGUGCAGCCAUGGGUUCAGCCGUCCUAUAAUAAACCCCCGCGAAUCCCGCCAUCUCGGUUCGUCACGUUUCACGUAUAUGGAAGCGUUUUGGACACGAAUUUUCGGACACGCACACAGAGACGACAUCUGAUCAGCUUCACCGCCACACCGAGCACCACAGUUACACAGCAUGGCGCCAGCACAAAAUGACCCCCAGGCGGCCGAGCCCGUCGACAGGGACUACUACCAGAGGAAAAGCAAGCCUCUGCCUGCCGACCCGACAAUACGGUCGCUGGUCGAGCGGGUGCUCGAGGAUGGCUACGUCAUCAUCCCCAACGCCUUCACGGAGCAGGAGGCGCUCGAGGCCAAGGCCGAGAUCCAGCGGCUGCACGGGGACGCGCCGCGGACGGGGCGUAUCGCGUUUGACGGGUUCAAGACGAACCGCAUCCUGGCGCUGCUGGGCAAGACGCGCGCGUUCGACAAGUUCUGCCUGCUGCCGGCCGUGCAGGCGCUCAACGACCACUUCCUCGACGACGACUACCUGAUCUACAUCAUGGAGAGCAUCACCAUCAACCCGGGCGAGCGCGCGCAGGUGCUGCACCACGACGACGCCGUCACGGCUCUGCCGCGCCCGCGCCCCCACGUUACCGCCGCCACCAUGAUCGUGCUCGACGACUACACCGAGCUCAACGGCGCCACGCGCAUCAUCCCCGGCAGCCACAAGUGGGGCAGCGACCGCGUCGGCGACGAGCGCGACGCCGUCUCCGCCGUCUGCCCCCGCGGCAGCGUCAUCUACUUCCUUGGCACUACCUGGCACGCCGGCGGCGCCAACCGCUCCGCCGCCCCGCGCUAUGCGGCCACGAUCCAGUACUGCCAGCCUUACAUCCGCCCGCUCGAGAACCUCAUGGUCGCCAUCGACCCGCGCCGCGCGCUCUCGGGCGAGAUUCCGCCGCGUAUUGUCGAUAUGAUGGGCUACCGAAGCGCUAUCCCUUUCGUGGGAUACGCCGACGGACUCAACCCCAAAAAGGCGAGCCGCAGAAUGGUGCGCUGGCUGCAGGGCCCGGUCGAGUACAACCAGCCGGCGUUUGCGCACGAGGAGGGCCAGAAGGAGGUGCGCAACGCGAGCAAACUGUGAGAGCCGGGUCGAGGA